GUUAGCAGGAAAUGCGUCGUCAUCGCUGUUGUGUCGUCACGAACAUGCGACCUUAUCUGCGCGGCAAAGUCUAGAACAAUCGAAUUGUUUGUAAAUUCGCUUUGGAAGCAGGCACAAUCCAAAAAAGAUGGCUAAGGAAGAGUUUUUUUUUGGUUUGUUUGUUUUUUUAUAACACGAGUUUGUAUGGAGUGUCGAAGUGGUACGUUUGGACGCUAGAAGCUACCGUUUGGCUGCAACUAGGAUGCAAAGACCAGUGUCCACUCUGCGUCUGAGUCCGCAGGUCAAAGUCAAAGUCCUCAAUGCGGGCUUUCAGAUGUUCGAUGACGUACUACAAGUCAGCGCAUUAGAGCUCAGUCGAGAGGCGGGUCUGAGCCAGGAGGAGGCGCUGGAGGUGCUCCAGGCCGUGAGGAAGGAGGGAGGAGCAGAUGAAGGAGGAGGAUCAGGAGAUGGAGCUUCUCUCACUGCACUUGACCUUCUGCACAAGGAAGAGGAACUGAAUCGCAUCGUGACAUUUUCCUCGGGACUGGACGCUGCGCUUGGAGGAGGAAUUCCAGUUGGGAAAACCACAGAGAUCUGUGGAGCGCCGGGAGUGGGAAAAACACAACUUUGUCUGCAGCUGGCCGUGGACGUUCAGGUGCCGCCAUGUUUCGGCGGUCUGGGCGGUCAGGUGGUCUUCAUCGACACCGAGGGAAGCUUCAUGGUUCAAAGGGUGGUGGACCUUGCUGCCGCUGCCGUCCGUCAUUGCACCUUGCUGGCUGAGGACGCAGAGCAACGAGAUGCUGCGAGCGCCUUCACUGUGGAAAACGUCCUGUCCAAUAUCUUCCUGGUGCGUUGCCAUGACUACGUGGAGCUCCUAGCCGAGAGCUACCUGCUGCCUGACUUCCUGUCUCGUAACCCGAAGGUCCGCCUCCUGGUGAUUGACAGCGUGGCCUUUCCCUUCCGCCUGCACUUCGACGAGCUGCGGACUCAGCGGACCCGCCUGCUCAACGGCCUGGCCCAGCAGCUCAUCUCUAUGGCAACCAAACACGACAUGGCAGUGGUCCUGAGCAACCAGAUGACCACACGGCUUCAGGGUGGGCAAUCUCAGCUGGUCCCUGCGCUGGGGGAGAGCUGGGGCCAUGCGCCCACCCUGAGAAUCCUCCUGCGGUGGGCAGGGUCACAAAGGCAGGCCACCAUCUUUAAGUCUCCAGAUAACAAGGAAGCGACAGUUAACUACCAAAUCACCACGGACGGCUUCAGAGACGACGAGGGAACGGAACAGCCGCAGAGUAAACGCCCCCGAACACUCGCCAACCAAUCGGCUGUCUGCUAGAACAAAACACAGCGGCUGUUUGACUGGAGUUGCCAUGUGGGCUUCCCCUGUAUGGAGUCAAUUAGAGAGUAGUGAUAAGUUUUGUCUAUAUUAAAAAUAUCCAUAAAUGUU